GUCGAAUUCCCUCGUCCCCACUUCCUCGGGCACAGACCAUCUUCUCCCAGCGAGACCCCCUCUACGCAACAGGAUGAGUUCUUCGCGUACCGCUCACCUGCCCGCGACCCGCGACUUCCAACCUCUCCCUGACAAUGCCUCCCUGGAGGAGAGGAUUGCCUUGUCUUACCGGCGUGCCCGAGCUAUCGCGAAGGCUUAUGCGAUGACGGCAGAGGACACAUUGUACUUGCGUCCCAAGUUCUGGGAGUUCCACACCGACAACAUCCAUAGUAUGGAUGCCGGUGCCUUUACGCUAUUGACCAUCCAGUACAAUCUCAUGGGUGGGACGCUAGCGGCCUUUGCGCAGAAACGUCCUGAACUUCGGUCUAUUAUGGACAAGGUUAUGAGGUUCGAUGUAUCUGCGCAAUUCCUGUUGACAGAGGUUGGUCACGGACUCGACGCUCCGAACCUCGAGACGACCGCUACUCUUCUGCCCAAUGGGGAGUUCGACCUGCACACCCCCAGCGAACGGGCGCGCAAGUACAUGCCUCCAACGGGACCCUUCGGCUCGUUGCCUCGGGUUGCCAUCGUAUUCGCGAGGCUCAUCGUUCAAGGGGAGAAUCGUGGGGUUCGGCCUUUCCUCGUUGCCCUCGGCGACGGUGAACAGAUGUGCAAGGGCGUUACUGCUCGAUUGGUGCCGCAGCGGGGUGGCAUCAAACCUGUCGAUCAUGCCGUGACAUCAUUCAACCACGUCCGACUCCCGUCUACGGCGUUGCUGGGCUCGUUGGCCAAGCCUGCCGAUCUGCGCGCCAACUUCAUCUCCUGCAUAUGGCGGGUUGCUGUUGGUUCGCUGGCUUUGGCGACCAUGGCCAUCCCUCUUCUCUCGGUGAACGCCUACCUCGCAGCCCGCUAUAGCAUCAGGCGGCUUGUGACUGGCUCCGACGGCGCACCCGUUUCCAUCAUGACCUUCCGCACUCAACACGGUCCCAUCCUCCAUGCGCUGGCGCAGGUUGAGGUCAUGAAGGCCCACGGAAAGGCUGCUAUCGAUAUGUUCCGGGACCCGUCGAUCGACUCGCGCGUCCGCGACGGAAUCGCGGCUGCUGCAAAGGCAUCCAUGACGCGCCAUACUUGGUCAAGCCUGGGCAACUUGACCGAGAGGAUUGGUGCACAUGGGGUGUUCGAACACAACAAUGUCCUUCAGUCGGAGCUCCUCAUGCGUGGUAUCAGGAUCGCCGAGGGCGAUGUUCUCGUCCUGAGCAUUCGCCUUGCGAACGAGCUGUUGAUCGGUCGUUACAGCAUGCCCACUCCGAAGUACCCGGACUGUCCCAUUAGCCGACAUGAAGCCGGUCUCUUCGCGGAAUGCCGUGACAUUCUCGCGCGGGCAGGCGGGAACCAUCGUCACGAUAGCGUCAGCCGGCUCAUGCUUCCUCGUUGCUUGCCGCUGGUACAGGCAAUCGGGCACCGUAUGGCGUACGAGGCUGCUGUCGACGGAGGCGUCGCCAAGCCUCUGCUCGACCUGUACGAGGCCGGUGUCAUGCUGGAGGACCCCGCUUGGUAUGCGGAACACGUAGGUCUCGCGCGCUGGGUGCAGUUCGAGAUGGAAGACCGCGCGAUCACCGCCGCUCUGCCCCAUCUGGACGAAUACCUUGCCCAGACUGGCGCUGAGCCCUACGUUGUAUCACCUAUCCUCACUCAGGAAAGAUGGGAAAACUUCCUGAACGACCUGCCGCUCUUCACCGGCAACGCGCAGCUUGCGCUCAUCCCUCCCGUACCACGGGCCCCCCAGCAGGCGCCUGUCCAAAUUCAAGCUCAUCUCUAAUCCCUCAUUGACAUAUCCUAAUCCUAGCUGUCCGACGUCGCUUGCUGUCGAUACGUGCUUUCUAGUUCGUCUCUGGGAUCCGUGAUAUUUUAUGUGUAAAUAUGUACUAUAGAUCUGUACAACGCCGAGCUAUGUAGCCCACGGAUGAAGCUGACACGACUUAUAGCGUUUCAUGUCGAUGUUAUGACUAGAUCACUUGCGCCACGACUUGUACGAACUGUCAUGUCUUGUACUCCAUACUUCUCAAUCAAUGUUUGCCUUUGUGAAGUCCUCGUCAAGCAUCGCCGACACACUACCUACAUGUACUACCUCCUACGACGGCUGCCGACGAGUAGGCAGCAGGACUCUGGGCGACGAAGUCACAACGACAGACGAGUCAAGAGUAUGCACGAUCGAGGAAUGACCAUCAGGACUCGUUCGC